AUGGAAGAGGAAGAUAUGGUGUCCGGGGAUGGAUGGAUUUCAGAUGACAGCAGUUUCUAUGGCACCGAGGAAGAGCAACAGCAUCAAAACCAGCACUACGAAAAGCAUGGUAUAAAAUCGUUUUGGCGUGCUCAUUCCAAUGAUAUUAACGUCAUUAUGAUGGAUGCGAGGGCUCAGCUGCUUGCAAAGCCUACUUCUGAUGACAGCGCGGCGCCGUCCAAGAGAGGGAAGAGGGGAACAUCACCGGUUACACAAGAUCAGACAUGCAAAACACCUAGUUGCUAUCACAAAGACUUGGCGCAGGAGCAGCUUUUAACGUCUAACAAUCGUAAGCAAGAGUCACCAUCAGAAAAAUCGUCCGAGCUCGAGUUGUUCAAUCGACUACAAGGACAACGCGAUGCGUGGCAACUAGGCGAGUCUGUCGAUGACUUUAUACGCCGCCUUCCACCACUGACCACCUCCAUGUCCACAUGUCCCUGGAUCUGGGCUGAAAAUCCUUUUCGCAAUCCUCAUGAAAAGCCGCCAUGUCCGCAUGCCGCUGACUUUACAAAUCGCGGCAUGCGACUGCUCCAAGAGUCUUUAGAGAUUCGCCGUAAGAUUCAUGAAUUAGGUGCCACACAGCCAAAAGGAAGCGUGACCAAACAGCUCACUCAAGAAAGCAAGUACUUGCAAGAGCGAAUUGCUAGCCUCGCGAGUGACACUCACGUUCUCUCUGGGAAAUGGAUGUUGUUCCCUAAAUCUGUUGAUGUUACUCGAGUUUGGAAACAGAUCGUAGCAGGUGUCAUCGAAAACCGACUUGGCUCUGGCUGCAAAGUGGCAACGGAUAGUGGAAAAGAGGAACGACUGAUCUGCGUCUACAGCAAAGAUUUUCGAGAUACUCAAGAUGUUGUGCGAGUACUCCGGGAGUUGGAAACCAUGGGCUUGCUCUCUGCAGCUCGACCUAUCUACUACAAGCCUGAUGCCUAUACUUACCUGGAUCUCAGACGCGAAAAUGCGGCCGAGUACGGACUACAAGCGAGUCUUUACAAUUCCCGCUCAAUGCUGGCCAACAGCAAAGAAACCGAGUCAGCUUCCCUAACCCAGAAGGAGUAG